CCCACAAGUCUGUGAGUGAGUGAACACACCCAUUUGAGGUGAUCCUCAAAAUGACUGGCCGUGGAUCGGUUCGUCGAAAAUCAUCUCCAUUUGCCACCGGACGAAACAGAUCCAAGACUGACAACACACCCACCAACAGCCCCGUGGACCUGCAUCAAGCCAUCGAAUCCGCUCGUCUGACCUUUAAGAAUGACGUGGAUCCGGCGAUGAAGCGACACCGCGGAUGCAAAUCCACGCUCUCCUCGCCCAAAAUGGCCUCACCUCAAAACACCAAGGAGAACAAAUCCAACAGCGCCCCGCCCAGUCCCAUGAAGGCCGUGCACUCGAAAUCUCGGCCCUCAACUCAAAGUCCGCGAAGUCCUCGAAGUCCGGCUACUUCGGGCGAUAAAAGACAGUCCCUGGAUCCCCCUUCCGAGUUGGCCUUGACCAAUCCGAAGCGAUUCAAGGCCGAGCCCAAGGUCAACAGUGGUCGAGGGAAUAAUGUUCUGACCGAGAUGAAGGUCAAGGGGCAAAUGGGAUCGAGAAAGAAGAACGUGUACAAAGACGAGGUGUCGAAACUCCACCAGGACGAGGGCAUUUAUCAUCUUCUCCACGGUUUGUCUGGCUCUCGUCGGAAGACCCAGGUGAAGCACUUCAAUGCCUCCAACCCAUCUGUGGACACCCUCAUUCACGCACCGCCAGCUCGCAAAGCCAAUGGCCAUCAGAAAUUCAUACUGCCUACCCGGGUUCCUACGCCCCAACCGUCGACUAACAAAUCCAAGACAUCCUCCAAAGGUGACUUGAUCAUUCAAAUGCCCGUCAAGGAAGGUCCUCACGUCACGCCCGAGCUUCUCCUCAACCCUAAGAAUUUCGAGCAAUUGCAGAAGCUCCCACAGAGGGACUACAUGGACCUAUGGAGCGGCAAUCAGAGCCACAAGCUGCCCUCGGAAGCUCUGGCUGCCGUUAACCUCGAAUUGAAUAUCUCACCCACCGAGAGUGGAUGCAGCUCGGCUUCUUCGGACAUCUCCUCGCUGUCGAACCUGACUGCGGGUGCGGCCAUGUUUAGUGCAGGACGAGGUCCAGUUUGGUCCUCACCCAGCAACAAUAAUCCUCGGAAGAUCCCCAAGCGAGCCCGGAUCGGAAGCCGAAUGCUCCUUUGUGUCAGCAACAUCACAAAACAAUAUCGAGAGAUCGUGGUGCGGAGUUAUCCAACGUUUGCUCAGAUCAUCUUCACCCCUGGGACCACGGGUAUGCAGUUCUCGUUCAACAUUAACGUGUUCGAGGAGAUCAUUGAUGCCAUGCAGAUCCUCUUGGACGAUCCUACGUGCAAGGCCGUGGUCUUCAGUGGUUUGGGCGACCUGUUUUGUCAAGGUGUGGACUUGACCUUGCUGGCCUUUGACUCGAUUGAGAAGCAGAAGAAAUCCGCCGAUAUCAUGUCGAAAGGCAUCAAGACGUUCAUCAAGUUCAUCGUGUCCUAUCCAAAAUUGACGGUAGGGGCGGUCAAUGGCGUGGCCAGAGGUCUGGGCGUGACCCUCCUGCCCUAUUUGGACUUGGUGUACGCGAGCGACAAGGCCACGUUUCAGUUAGACAGUCCUAAUAUUGGGUACAUCCCCGAGGGAUUCGCCUCCGAGACCAUGAAGGCCCCAGCUUUUAACGAAAUGAUCCUUUUGGGGCAGAUGAAGACGGCUGAAGAGGCCAAAGCCUUGGGACUUGUGACCGAAGUAUUUUGGCCCGAUCGACUCUUUGAAGAACUCGUGCCUCGAUUGGAAAACCUCGAGAAGCUCAACUAUGAGGGGCUAAAGGCCACGAAGGCCUUGCAAAAGAAAAGGCUGUUGCGCCAGGUGUCUCCUGUAAUGGAUGAGGAGACCAAGGAGCUCCAGGAGAUCUGGAGUGCGCCCAACUUUCACCGUCAGAUCAGGAACUUUCUCAAGACGAGCGAUGGCAUCGUGUUCAAAUGAGAAAUCAACCAGGAGUUAGUUAGAUGACAGCUUUAAAACAAGAUGGAUACAAAGCUUCCCGACUUGAAAUGUUACCUCGGCCUCAUCCCAGACCACAUAGCGUAUUCACUUACCUUCAUUUCUCUCAACCUUAAAACCUCAAUUUAUCAACCGUCGUCUUCAGGAGUUAAAAUGAAUGUAUUUUCCAGGGCAAUUAUCGUGACAUGAACAUGCGAAUCGGCUUUUUUUAUAUUGCCGCUCAUCAUUUGAACGUCUCUUAUCAAUAUUACUGCAUCCAGGGACUCUUGUGAAAAUAUUUUUCUAUGGAAUCGUCCAAUAAAUAGAAGUAAAGAAAAGGUGUCAA